UACUACUACACCACCAAGUACUACUACAUCACCAAGUACUACUACAUCACCAAGUACUACUACACCACCAAGUACUACUACACCACCAAAUACUACUACACCACCAAGUACUACUACACCACCAAGUACUACUACACCACCAAGUACGACUGCAUCACCAAGUACGACUUCACCACCAAGUACUACUACAUCACCAAGUACUACUGCAUCACCAAGUACGACUGCAUCACCAAGUACUACUACACCACCAAGUACUACUACAUCACCAAGUACUACUACACUACCAAGUACUACUGCAUCACCAAGUACUACUUCAUCACCAAGUACUACUACACCACCAAGUACUACUACAUCACCAAGUACUACUACACUACCAAGUACUACUGCAUCACCAAGUACAACUGCAUCAAACACCGAAGAGCCAAGUACGAAAAGGUCUAGUACUACGUCGAAUCCAGAAACUCCUAAAACAACGAGAAGCCCAACGACGGAAGAUACCAAUGUGAUCGACGAGAAGAGUACAGUUUUGCCGGUUACAGAUAAAAAUAAAGGAGGGAAUGGAAAUGAGAUAGAUGAAAAAGGAAAUGGUACCACUGUCGUGGGAAAGCAUUCUGGAACUAACGGUGGAUUAAAAAACAGUACAGGUGAGGAGCGUUGCAUCCAGACAUUUUGCAAGAAUGGCUACAUGUGCACUACAAGAGAUGAUGGCAGCAACGCCUGCUUUUGCCCCACCGUGUGUAGUGACGAAGAUGAAAUCCAGUGUUCUGUUUACUUGGAGGAAUACAAAAAUCCGUGUGAUCUUCACAAAUAUGCAUGUAGCGUAGAAAUCAAUAUUGCUGUCAAGCAUAAAGGAAGAUGUUCAGAUCCCAAGGCACAAUUGAUGACAACAAAAAUGGUAGACAGCACUCUCACACCUACGACAGCAUGUCCUCGCGGUGAGCUGUUGCAGUUUGCUGAGCGCUUUGAGGAGUGGGCAAUGAUUAAAAAGGAACACGAAGAAAGUACCAAUCCGCAAAGUUUGGACUUAAACUCUUCUAUAAAAAACGCGCGAACAAGUGGACUCACAUCCAAAGAGAGGAGACAAAUUCUAAAAUAUCAGUUUGAUGCACUGGACAAAGAUGUGGACGGUAGUCUCAUGAAAGAUGAAAUCAGUUCCUUCCUACACUCAAUAUCAUACGAGUAUUGCUUGUAUGGAUUCAUAAUAUCCGCGGACUUAGACCGCAAUUUUGCAGUUGACCAAGAAGAGUGGUUUGAAGCAUUCAAACUCUUUGAAAAUGGAUUUACCAAUGAAGUUGGUGGCAGGCUGUAAAGACAAGUAUUUUUUCCAUCGCAACAUAGGAUGAGUUUCAUAAAAGAAAUGGAAAUGAAGUUCGGGGGAUCCCGUUCAGUGAUAUUCAGUGCAUGACACAGAUACGUACCAGGUUUCAAAUUUACACUGAUUACAGUUAGCAAUCGCAGAUUUCGUAUGAUGUGCAUAUUCAUGUCACUUAUCAUAGUUUCAAGUUCUGGCGGAGCAACAAAGAUCGCGAGCUCGCUGCUUCACACUAAAGUAAAAUAUUUGCUAUACAACGUGCUAUCGCUGGCACGGCACGAUACGGCACAGAAUAGCAACACAGCAUGAAAUCUGUUGUAACGCAUCUCAUCUGUAUCUGUAAUUAUCACUGAAUUUGUUUUAUGACACUAAGUUUACUCGUUUGCUUGACGACAUAAUCAGGACCCGAGGUAACGGUUGCUGUUUGUAACUAAAAUUUUUGAUUGCGAUGAAUCCCUCUUGUGCAUAAUACCACCAAGUCAUUGUUACUUGAAGUUCGAUGCGUUCAUAGUAAAGCACUUAUUGUAUUCUUACGUUUGAUGUCUAAUAUUUGAAUUUAAAAUAAAAUGGUUUCCGGUAC